AUGGACAUUAACCAGCGCAUCGAACUCAUCCACGAGGUAGAGUCGAAGCUUUGGGUCGACAAGGUGAACCAGAGGCGCACAAAACUUCUCCCCGAGUGGGGCGACUUUCUCCAUGGCGCAUACAAUGUCGGUCAGAAGGCGACCUUCAGCGACGGCACUGCCUGUCUGGUCCGCUUCCCUCGUGUUGGGAACGUCUGCGGUGAUUAUGCCGACGAGAAGGUUGCGAUGGAAAUCGAGGUGAUGAGUCUCAUCCACGAGAAGACCACCAUUCCUGUCCCGCACAUCAAGGCCUGGGGUCUUGCUGCCAGCAACCCGCUUGGUCUGGGUCCGUUCAUCAUAAUGGACUUCAUUGACGGCGUGAGCCUCAAUGGCCUUCUUAAGAAUCCCAACGCCGAACCUGCUACAAGACUCAUUAAGGAGGACAUCAGCGAUGGCGAUAUCGAGUUCAUCUAUAGGCAGUUUGCCAAUUUUCUGCUCCAGCUUUUCAAACUCGACUUUGACCGGAUCGGCAGUCUACUAUCGCCAAAGACUAAAUUCUCCGCGCCGAUACGCCCGUUGACAUACAAGGUGCAUAACAUCAUGCAGACUGGAGGAGUCGACACUUUCGGUGACCGAAGCGAGGGGUUUUCGACGACGACCGAGUACUUCCACUCCGUCGUCGGCCAGGACUGGGAACAACUUCUUCACCAGCCGAACUCGAUAGCUGGUGAAUGGGACGGCAGAGCUAAGUACGCAUCGCUGAGCGUCCUGAAAUCUUUGAUACCUGAUUACGUUGAUAAAAAGUACGAUCAUGGCCCGUUCAAACUUAUUUGCGACGAUCUUGGCCUGGCGAAUAUGAUUGUCAAAAGUAAAGAAGACCUCGCGAUCGUUGGAAUGGUGGACCUCGAGUGGUCGUACAUUGGGCCAGCCCAGCUGUUUGGCUCGGCGCCGUGGUGGCUUCUUCAAGAUCGACUGAAUAAUUGGGACACCUCGUUGGACAAGGAGUCACCCGAGAUCAUCGCCCGGUUCUUCAAGUACCUAGAGAUUUUCAAACGUGUUUUGGAGGAAGAAGACGAAAAAAUGCCAGGGAAUCAAGAGAAAGAGCUCUCGAACCCUGUGAAGCGGUCCGAGGUCUCGGGGGUUAUGUGGCUCCAUAUGGUCCUCUCGUGCGGCUUCAACGACGCUCACAAUCUGCCUUUCACGCAACUGCGACAUCAUAUGGGUAUUAAGGAGUGGGAGCGACGUAAGGAGGAAUUCUAUAAGACAGAAGGGAUGGAAACAUUCGUGACGCAGAAGUUGCCCCAGUUGACCCAAUACGAAAAAGACUUCGAGAAGACGAAGGCCCAUAAAGUCGACGUGAACAACAAAACGAUGACGGGGGAGGAAUUUAUUGUUACACACCAACCAGUAUCACGUUCCUAA